CGUGUAGAAUUUGCUAUGAACGUCAAACGUCGUUUAUGAAUCGACCUUAAUUCCCUUCAAUUUAAUUGAGUUGGCAACUACGGUGCAUUGAUACUAUAUUAUGAAAUUAUGAUUAUGGUGUGAUAAAUCAUUACCAAGUUUUAUUGUUAGUGAUUGUGGAGUAAAAAUUUAAUGCUAACAAUGUAACUUCAACAUUAUGGCAAAUAAUUCAGAAUUAUUUAUUUGCCUCAUAGUAUUAAGCUCAAUCGUAUUUUUAUAUAUUGUUAAUAGGAGUGUUCUUAAUACUGAAAUAGUCCAAAAUCCUCCAGAAGAAAUAAGUUGGAUAAUACAUGGUAUACGAAAUAUUUUAGGAUAUGCCACGAUAUUUCUACCAGGUUAUUUAGUCCUUAGGUAUGUACAAAAAACUAAUUAUAUAAAUAAAAGUGGCAGAGGAAUCAUUGGAGCUACAAUAAGAACUUGUUUUGGAGAAGAGGACAGUUUACCAGUGACUACCAGUUCUAAGACUUCGCCACAAGAAAGAACUUUACUUCAAGAUGGGCUUCUCCUUUUGUUUUACUUUUUUGGCUUACAGUUAUCUUAUUUAUUAUGGGGUGUUUUGCAAGAAAAAGUAAUGACUCAAGCUUACGAGAGUUCUAAUUCAGACAUAGGAUACUUCAAAGAUUCGCAGUUUUUAGUAUUUGUAAAUAGAAUUUUAGCCUUUUUGGUUUCUGCUUGUAUUUUACUUUGUAAAAGACAGCCUAGACACAAAUGUCCAUUAUAUAAGUACGUAUUUUGUUCAUUUUCUAAUAUUAUGAGCUCAUGGUGUCAGUAUGAGGCGUUGAAAUAUGUAUCUUUUCCUCAUCAAGUUCUUGCUAAAGCGAGCAAAACAAUUCCUGUAAUGAUAAUGGGUAAAUUUAUGUCAAAAACUAAAUACGAAUAUUAUGAAUAUGUUACAGCUGUAAUUCUUUCAGUGGGUAUGCUAUUAUUUAUGAUAGAUACUGGGAACGAUAGAUCAAAUUCUACAGUAACUACUUUUGCAGGUGUUAUAUUGCUCUGUUCCUAUAUAGUAUUUGAUAGCUUCACUGCUAAUUGGCAAGGGAGUUUAUUUAAAACAUAUGAGAUGAAACCUAUACAGAUGAUGUGUUUUGUUAAUUUUUUCUCUAGCAUAUUUACAGCAGUUUCAUUAUUACAACAAGGAGGAUUUAUUGAUAGCCUUUCUUUUAUGAUAAAAUUUCCUAGUUUUACUUUAGACAUUGUUAUUUUAUCUUUAUGUAGUACAUGCGGUCAGUUAUUUAUUUAUAAUACAGUCUCUACAUUUGGACCUUUAGUUUUUGUGAUAAUAAGUACUAUAAGACAAGGUUUCUCAGUAUUACUAAGCUGCAUUAUUUAUCAUCAUUAUGUGUCUCUAAUCGGUGCCAUUGGACUUAUUUUAGUAUUUUUAAGCAUUUUUCUUAGGAUCUACUGCAGCUACAGGCUUAAAUCUCAAAAAGAAUUACUUCAAAGUUCUAGUAUCUUAAAAAAUCAAACAAAAUUGUAAGUUUAUACUGAACGUGCUGUUCACUACCACUACGCUAUCAAAAUUACACUGUUAAAACUUUCAGCCGGUUAUGAAUCAGUAAUUUGUGACUCCAAGGCUAUGAUUAUUACUUUGAUGUAGUAGUAAACAGUGUGUUCAGUAUGUGUUCAUUAACGAUUAAUUAAUGAAAAAUAUCUUUUUAAUUGCUACAUAAAUUAAAAAUAUAUAAUAUUACUUCUUUUGUUUUUUGAUGACUACUAUAUAUUUUCGAGAUGAAGACCUAAAUUUCUAUUUUGAUUUUAGCCUAAAAAUUAUUACAAUUUGAAAUUAUCUAAAUUUUAAAACAUUGCACAAAUGUAACCCAGACAGAGAUACAAUCUCUUGUGUGUAAUUUAACUCACCUUCGGGGAACCAAUGGGAAUUAUGGUACACGAUCUUAAUAGGGACCCACAACAUAGUUGUGCGAUUCCGGGUGUCCCUUAAGUUGAGGUAUCAAAUAUUCUCGGAUUGUUAUUAUCAAGUUUAAAUUCAAUUUCCAGUAUUUAACAAUCAAAACUUUUUCUUUCCAUUGAAUGAUAAUUGAAGGUACUUUGAAUAGACGCUUCAGCAGGCGUUAAUAACGAAGUAAACUGAUGAUUUUUUUAUAGGAUUUCGCAAUAAGUUGUUUGUAAUUGUAUACUUAUAACCCUAUAUUUUAGUUUGGAUACGAGAUUAAUUAUUUGAACAGGAAUUUUGUUUAUAAUAGGUACAGCAUCAGCAAGAAAUUUUCUAACAAACUAAAAGGCGAAUUUUAAUUGAAAGGGAAGAUUGUUCGAAAUAUUAAUUUUCAUGUUAUUUUUCGAAUAAAAGUGUUUUUUUUUAUGAACAUAUUGUUUGUUAAAAUUAUCUUUAUCUAUAUUGAUUUAUAUGGGGGGAUGUUGUUUGGUAAUAACAGGAUUAAGAUAUUUGGUACUGAAAGUUUUUUAUCUUGUUUUAAUUGUUUUCUCAGAAAUUUUCCAUUAGAUGCUUUAAAUUAUAAUUACAUUGUUAAGUAUGUAAGUCGAGACAAAGUGAUAUAGAGCUUAAAGAAAUUUUUAAA